AUAAAAGGCGCCGCUCGACCUCUCAUUCCAUAUUCUGAUCAAAACACACAGAAUAUUUUCUAAAACAUGCACUGUUCAACACAACAGCCGCGCGGGCCUCGCUUUGCCCCAUACGUCCCAUCCAUGGCGACGCUGACGCAGCCGAAAUCAACUCUGAGUCCACAAGUACUGCGCGCUGCCUCUCCAAAUCCCUCAAAAGCCGUGUCGCACGUCCAAGCACGACCUCCGACAACGCCAGCAACAGCAAACGAUGUGGUCUUGAGCCGCCGCAGAUCAUCGACAACUACACUACCGCUACCUUCAAUUACCGAGAUCCCAGUACCCUCCGAUAUACUUAGCACAAUGCAUCCAGAUGUGAUGGAGACCAUUGGUCCCGUGUGGAACAGGGAUCUGGUUCGCGCUAUAGAACGAGAGUUCCUAGCCGUCAGAAUGGCAUGGAGGCCAAUGAGGAAUCUGGACAGAGCAGAAAUGGAGAGGCAGAGUAUUGCUGUAGCUGCUUGACAUGAGAAUGUCGGGAAUGUACAUUGUUUGCCUUGUAUCAUAUAUCAGCUUCACUCGUGUGAAUUAAAUUGUACGAAUCGCACAUCGAAGUGCCUAAGGGUAACUUUCUUCCCACGGAAAAUGCACUGAAUCUUCAUCCACACAGCCAACAGGCAUUAAGAUAUGGGGGC